AUGGCUGCGAAACAAACGGAAGACGAGCGCGGAAUGCAGGAGCCGCCAUUUUUAGAUGCGGAAAGCAAUGAACAGAAAGCGGACAACGAAGAGAGCGACGAGAAAAAAACGGUUUUCAAGAGUCAGAGUUUGGCUUUGCAUCCGUAUGACAUAGGACGACUGAUCCCGGAAUAUUCGGAGGGGGACGGUGUCUGCAAGUGGUUGCGAAGAAUCGACCAUUUUCGAGCGAUUUACGGAUGGUCGGAACAAAUGUGUUUGCUGUACGCUUCAACUCGGCUGGCAGGUGCAGCAGCGAAUUGGUAUCGACGGCAGGAGGAGUGGAUUUUCAAUUGGCGACAGUUUAAGAAUCAAAUUGUUGUUGCAUUUCCCGAAACGUAUGACGAGGCAGAUGUUCAUCGCGAGCUGGAAGCAGUGAAAAUCGAAAAGGGUGAAUCAUACGAAUCGUACGUGUACCGUGUGGAUGCAAUCGCACAGAAGGGCGAUUUCAGCAUGUCAGCAACGUUGAAAUACAUUAUCAAAGGAUUACGUCAUGAUAAAGUCUACGGCAGCUUGCUUUCGAAACAAUGUACGGAUACGCUGGAAUUGUUGCGGCACAUAAAAUGGGUUGCAUCGAACAUAGAAAUGAUACCGCCAGUUGUUUCAAAACAAACAAAGAAUACACUGUCACCAGGAACAGACGUCAUUUGUUACAAUUGUCGGGAACAAGGACAUCGAUCGUUGAACUGUCCCAAACCGCAACGCAGAGAACGAUGCAACAAGUGUCUUCGUGUUGGCCAUACAUCUGCUAUGUGUGAUGUCCGUUACGGGGCAUCCCGACCGACACAGCAAACGACAUUCAACCGACCCGACGGAGUAAAACGAACCACUACGAAUGCCGUCUUUGAGGGGCUUGAUCCAGAUAACCAAAUAACGGUGAAUCAGGCAUCUCAACAGCAAAUUGAAGUCGAAGCUGCCGGAGAGCGUAUUCGAGCUAUGGCUUUGUUCGAUACAGGUAGCUAUACCAAUCUAAUUAAGAUCAAACUAUUGCCUAACGACCUGCUGCUGAAUGUAGCUAGGGAAGAUGUCGUCGGUAUAAAUGGCACGAAAGUGCGAAUCCUGGGCCAGUUUGAAACUGCACUGUUUGUGAUGGGGAAGAUUUAUCGAGUGCAUUUUUUGGUUGUGUCUGAUGACACCAUGCAAAUAGAUAUAAUUUUGGGCAGAAGUUUUUUGAUUGACAAUUGUAUACAACGGUUAUAUUUAACACCUGCCGGUACAAGUGAAACCAAAAAUGAUGAGUGGUUCAUGUUGGGUGAUAUUGACGAACAGUGUAUGUUGGACGAUAGUUCCGUAUUGGGGGUAGACUUGAACGUGGGUGACGAUGCAGAAACGUUGUCAUACCGUACUCAAUUGGAGAACCUAGUACAACAAAGUUAUUUAAAACGGCCGAGACCAUAUAGGCCUUUGGUCCGGUUUGAUGCAGAAAUUCGGUUGAAAGAGAAUAAGGUCUUUUCGUCUUCUCCACAACGUCUUAGUGUAUUUGAGAGAACGGAACUUGAUAAGAUUGUUUCCGAUUUGCUUCAACAAGGUAUCAUCCGCGAAAGCGAUUCUCCUUACACAUCACGGGUGGUUUUAACACGGAAAAGAAAUAAUACUUUUCGAAUGUGCGUGAACUAUAAGCCGCUGAAUAAAAUCGUGGAGAGAAAUCACUUCCCUAUGCCUGUUAUCGAAGAUCAAGUAGCUAAACUUCAGGGUAAGCGAUACUUCACUUCACUUAAUCUUAAAAAUGGUUUUUACCACGUCGGUUUGACUGAAGAGUCGAAAAAGUAUACGUCGUUUGUUACUGACAGUGGACAGUAUGAAUUCAAUCGUUUACCCUUUGGAUAUGCUAAUUCGCCUGCAAUAUUUGUAAAUUUCAUAACAAAGGUUUUGGAGCGGUUCAUAAAGGACGGUCGAGUAAUAGUGUUCAUUGACGAUAUGCUCAUCGCUUCUGAAACGAUAAGUGAACACUUUGAAACGUUAAAAGAGGUGCUUGAAACUCUCGCAGAUAAUCAUUUGGACCUUCAGUUCGCCAAGUGCCAGUUAUUGAAAACCCAGAUUGAAUACCUAGGAAAGUUUAUUCAGGGUUUCAACGUACAGGCUGCGCAACUAUAUGAACUAUUGAAAGAAGAUAGGGAAUUUGAAAUGUCCACUAAUCAUAUACAAGCCGUUGAGAGUCUUAAAAAUGCGUUGAUUUCUAAGCCGGUUUUACGAAUAUAUUCACCGAAUGCGGAAACCGAGCUGCACACUGAUGCGUCGUCUUUAGGAUUCGGCGGUGUUUUGUUGCAGCGACAGAGCGAUGACGGUUUAAUGCAUCCCGUUAUGUAUCAUAGCCGUAAAACAACCGUUGCUGAAUCGAAGUUGCACAGUUUUGAGUUGGAAACUCUUGCGAUUGUUUACUGCCUACAAAGAUUCCGGACCUACUUGUUUGGUUUGGAGUUCAGUGUGGUAACUGACUGUAACUCUCUAAAACAAACCUUGGAGAAAAAGGAUAUAAAUCCAAAGAUUUCACGCUGGGCUUUGUACCUGGAACAGUACAAUUUCACAAUUGUUCAUCGCCCAGGAGCGCGAAUGCAGCAUGCAGAUGCUCUAUCUCGUUCGCAUGUUCAUGUACUGAUGGAAGAAGAGUGCUCCUCGAAUAUUUUUGAAGAUGCAUUGUAUGUUGCGCAACUUCAUGAUUCCGAAGUUACGAAGAUUAAGGAUUCUUUAUAUGAUCAACCAUUAAAAGACUAUGAAAUUAGGAAUGCUAUAUUGUACAAGGUUUCGGGAAACAAGUCAUUGGUUUACGUUCCGGAGAAAAUGAUACCAUCGGUCAUAAAUAAAUUCCAUAACCAGAUGGGGCAUUUCGGCGUAGACAAAGUAUGUGAGUUGAUCAAAAGAACAUACUGGUUUCCUAAAAUGCGCGAGCGAGUACAACAACAUGCAAAGUCUUGUGUCACUUGUAUUGCCUAUAAUCCCAGAAACAAACGAUUCGAUGGAAAUCUUCAUGAUGUAGAGAAGCCCAAAGUACCCUUUGAGGAUCAGAACAACAUCAGCAAUAGAGAUUUGAGCAGUCUUCGAGAAGAAGCUAGUCAAAGUAUGCAAAAAGAACAUCAGUACAACAAACGUGUUUAUGACAGUCACUGCAAGAGAAAUACACAGUACCAGCAAGGAGAUUUAGUUAUGUUACGGAGGACGAAUGUAGUGGGAGAAAGGAGCAAGCUCAAGCCAAAGUUUCGGGGUCCUUAUGUGGUUAAAAAGGUACUCGAUAAUAAUCGUUAUGUGGUAGCUGAUCUGGAUAAUUAUCAAGUCUCAAGCAUUCGUUUUGAGGGAAUUUUUGAUCCUUUAAAUAUGCGACUCUAUCAAAAAGCUGAAAACCAUUCGGAGAACAUGGAAUCAGACACUGAAUACGAAGAUAUAGAAUAUUUAGAAGAUGAAGAAGAUGAUUAG